AUUUUCUCGUCAAUAAUUACACCAACACGGCACCGCGGUUAUCGUCUGUCGGCCCCUCUUGGCGUGCAAGUGCGACGACCACGUACGACCCUCGACAUGUGCCACAGCCAAAACACCCCUCCGCGUAUAUAAACACCCCACCCUUCUUCUUUGCUUCCGACUCUCCCAUCGUUCACAUCCUUCACAUCAGCACCACACCGCCAUGUCCACCGCCUCAGCACCCGUCCCCGUCCCCAACAGUGACAGCCAAUCUUCCUCCAGCGACAGCGUUGGCUCUCCUAGUAGCGGCCCCCGCAGGCAGCGCAUCUCCAUGGCAUGUGCCUACUGCCGACACAGGAAAAUUCGCUGCUGUGGUGGUAACCCUUGUCGCAACUGCCAACGCUCCAAGCGCGAAUGCGGCUACGCUCCUGUCCCCGAAGAGGUCAAUCGCGCUACUCGUGAGAAGAAGGCGUUUGCCAAAGCCAACAAGAUUGCCAGCCAGUUCCUUCCUCCAGCCACCACCACUUCGCCCUAUUACGCCCCCCAUGCGUCGUAUGGUCACUCUGUCUACGGCUCCCCACUCCACUCGGCGCCCUACUCCCACCGAAGGUCUUCAUCACUGCCUUCUGCUGAUGACCCUUGGGGCUCUGCGCCCGUCUACGGGUCAGGCCAGUCAUGGGUUUCCUACGCCAAGCCGGCGCCAUACCACCACCGCCUCUCUGCUCCCACUCCCGUGUAUGAGUCUUCCCAUGGCUACCACCACCAAGACCCUUCCCAGGGGUACCAACACAACCAGCUCGGCGUUCACUUUGAGCACGGCGAUCCCCAGCAUGUCCUCGACUCUCCCUCUCCCACGUCUACCAACAUGUCUUCGACUACCUCUGCGGUCACACAUUCUUCCCUCGAAGAGGAGCAACACGCCAUGUGGAUGACACCGGGACUUGUCACCUCUACGUAUGUCCGGCCUGCUCCCUCGCGCUCGCUAUCUCAGUCCGUCCACGGUGUGCCGCUGCCCAGUGACAGCCCGGUGCAGAAAACCCACUCCCAAGGGACAGUCCCAAUCACUCCCGCGUCCUCUACCUUUGCCCGCCCUCUCCCUUCCCCCACGGUCUACUCCUACUCCUCCCAAGGGUCUGCCCACUACGACAACCAAGCUCCCAUCUUCUACUCUCCCGUCUCCAACAAGACUCGAGGUGACUACAGCUCGCCGAUGAUUGGCGGAGGCUUGUCAAAGGAGCCUAUCGUCGGGUUAGGGCUGAUAGAUGGCCGUGGUGUCUACAUGGGGGGACACUACUCGGGCGAAGAGUACAUGGCUCCUCCCAUGUAUUAUCAAAGUUGAGUGUGAAAGGCGCAGAAGGGCUUGGGGCAAGGGACUGGCAGUAAUUGGUAUCCACCUUACACGGAUGUUGUUUCAUAUACAAUAUUAGGCAUUUGUAUAAUUAGUGGCUUUGAUUGAUAGAGUGUUCCUUUGGCAUGUAUCUUGGUUUUCCUGCACCAUCCUCAACGAUCAAAAAAGUCAAGUACCCAUACAUUGGGGCCCAUC